AUGACGGGUAAACCAGUUUACAAACCCGAAGAGAUCCGCUUCGCAUUGGACCUCAUGGUCCAGGACCUAUUCAACGAGGAAAUCUCUCAAGCUUUUCGACAACGGUUCGACCGAGAGCUGACUGACAACCAAAUUCGAUAUCUGAGGAACAAAUACGGCAAGGACCCAGACUAUGGAUCCCCUCUUAUCAACCGCCCAGCGAACAAGAAGGUCAAGCGAAGACGGGCUGCCAUUGCGGCGGCGUCUAUAACUUCACCUACUUCAGAAGACUCACCCGGUCCUUCGAAGCGAACAUGUCGAGAGCCAUCCUCUUCAUCAGCUGGACUUUCCGUCUCUCCCCCAAACCAACAAUCAGGACUCUCGCAGAUCCCACCACUCAACCUGGAGGAUGACCAGUCUAAAUUCUUCUCCCCUGCUCCCCAAUUUCGAGCACCGGCCCCUCAAUCUCAGUUUUCCAAUGUUCGAUCCCCACCUGGUGAUUCUUACACCAUGCCCUCGACUCAAGAUGUAUUCUCCUCUGGACCUUCACGCAGUGGCUGGCAAACACAGCCAGAUACAAACUUCACUACUGGUUUCACCCCUAUCAACACCCAGUUCGGCCAUUACAAUGCAAACACUAUGGACCAGGGAACUUCGCAAAUCACCAACAUGGCAUUCAGCCCGAGAUCUCGGCAACUUCCCCAGGCCCAACCCCUCUACAACACUAGCUCGACACAACAACCAGCAUUCGACUCCUUUCUGAACAUGAGGUUUCCAGUCACCUCCCCCCAGCAGACCACACAUCCCUCUGCAGAGUUCUCUCCCGACGCGAAGCAAGAGGCUGUUAAAAAGGAGGAGGAAGGUUCAGCUCAGUUUAGUUGGGAUGAAUACGUAAGAGCAGCUCGCCCAGCGGCUGACCAAGCUCCCGUCAGCCAGUUGCUAACCAGAGACGUUGAAGCUUCAGAUGGUCAGCUUCAAUUGAACCAGAACCGACCGUCCUCUUCCGACACCGUCAAGAACGAACACGAAGAGACUGACCAGAGUUCCUCGCAAGCAGCCCCUGAGAUCAAACAAGACGACGGUUCAGGCCUAGAUCUAGCCGCGAUCGACCCACGACUGUUUGCUUCCAAUUACGAUAAACAAUCGUCUGCGAAGAGGCCUUCUUUCUAA